GAAGUGCUUGUAGAUCUAGCCUACUUUCGUUUUCGAUUCACGAUUGAUGUUUGUACACAUGUGUUUCAAUUCCAGACUGAACCAGGCCUUGCGGGACAGACCUGAGGAGUCUGUGCUGUUCGAAUAAAGCAAGCGUCUUCUAGGCGAUGAUGUUCAUUCACUUGUUAACACCUUCAUGAGGAAAAUUAGUAAAGUGAAGGCUAUGAUGACUGUGUUUAUUUAUAAUCUGAGGAUUUUCGUUACACAGACUAGACUGCAGUAGACUGCACAGUUACUUCGACGGCGACAGACUCUUCUUAAAGUUUUGGGCCAAGAAUGGGAGUAACGAAGGUAAACUUUACAAAUUUCUUUAAUUUGUUGCAAGCGAGAGGAUUCGUCAUUCAGAGGAACGUCAGUGACAGCGGUAGCAAGCUUGUAUUUGACCACGGGCCUCUUGGUGCACUUCUGAGACAAAAUAUUUUGAAACAGUGGUGGGAAGUUCUGGUUCAAAGACACAGCAAUGUGUUUCCUAUUGAAUGUUCACCAUUGUCAGACGUAUGUGACGACAAUAUUUCAAGGCAUGGUGAUCAAGAAAGGUCGUUUACAACACCAUCCGUCUCAAGAGAAACUCUGCAUGAAGAUUGCCUGAGAAACUACCUGCAUAUUCUAAAACUCACAAAUGGUCAUCUGCCGUUUUCAAUAGCAACAGCAGGAUUGUGUGUGUCAUGUACGAAAAGAGAUUCAACUCCUCAGCAAGAUUCUUUGCUUGGAGGUUCAAGUGAAACCAAGCUGUUGUUGCAGAACUAUGUAGCACCAACAAGUUCUGGUAGAAUUAUGGACUACUGGCUGCAGCUGCGUCUUUCCUGGUGGAAAAAUUUUUCAAGAAAUCCCGCAAACUUUACAGUUACCUCCAGAUCUCUCAAUAACAACAACGCUGGUGGCGACAGUGUUAGUCCCGAAGGAGAAGACAGCAGCGUCAACACCGAACUAUCUAUUGUUUACGAGUUUCCGUGGGGACAGGAACAAGUAGAAGAAAUACGGAAUGUAGGGGACUCGCACCUCAGACAUUUACAAGAUCAAGGGCCAGAAACUUAUACGGGUAAAACAUCUGGAAAUAAAGCGUGCCUUCCACACUGCAUAGAGUGCAGCACCAGUGUUGAGCUGGCCUCAGCGGCAUGGCUGAUAGACAGCUAUGAUGAGCGAAAGCCUAUCUCGACCACAAAGAAAGCCCCUAAAAAGAAUAAAAUGGUUUUACACUUGCAUCCGCAAAUAGCUCCAUAUCAAGUGGCUGUCAUCAGAGUUUCUUCAUCCUCUUCAUCAACCUAUGCACAAGAGAUCCAUCAUGUAUGCACCCAUUUAGUGCGAGAACUGCAGUCUGUUGGAAUGUCCGUCUUCAAUGCCUCAGAACACGGAGGCACUCUAGAGGCACAUUUCACAAGAAAUGAUCAAAUAGGAAUACCGUACACUGUUAUACUCAAUGAAAAUACAUUACGAGAUGGAAGUGUGAACAUCAGAAGCAGAGACACGGAAAUUAGGACAACAUCUCAUAUUGCCCAAGUUGCAAGCCAGAUGGAACAGAAUCUCAUGGCACAACUGGACUAGUCUGGUGCUGGCCCAAGAAAUCAAGUCUGACAAAGUAGAAUGGAAACUUACUUGGAGAAAGACUUUAGAUUAAAUAGAAUUUAUAACGUUAACCAAAAGCAAAUUUUUUGUACUUUGAUAACAACUGGCUCACUCUAAGAUGAGUCAGUUUGAAUCUAAGUCUAAGUCAAGUAUCUUUUUACUAAUUACUUUUUAGUUUUAGUUUUAGGGGCUUUUUUUCCCUUGUGUUGUUUUACUCACACAGAAGAUUUAAUGUAUUCAUUUGAAUAACAUGAGCUUUAGGAGGUGGGCUUUAGAGUAGACCCUAUUUGAUGAUUCCCAAUCCAGUUAUUGUUAGCCCAACCAAGUGUUCUAUUACUUUUAUAUGAAAUAAAGCAUAUGACCAAAAAUA